AUGGUGCAGCUACUCAUGGCAAGUUCACACCAAAGUCCUGUGCAAGGUGCAUUGGAUUUGUCCGAAAAAGAUUGGGAAAAAGCCUUUAAAACAAAUGUAACAGGAACAUGGUUGAUGUUAAAGUAUGUUUGUCGUCAUAUGGUUGCUCUUAAUCAAGGAGGAUCCAUAAUCAACAUAUCUUCUUGUGCUGGUCUUGGUCGUACUCAUGAAAUCGGAGCAGUUGCAUAUAUUUCUUCAAAAGCAGCUUUUAAUACCAUGACCAAAGUGAUGGCAAUGGAACUUGGAAAACACAAAAUAAGGGUAAACUCAAUAUGUCCUGGGCUUUUCAAAUCGGAGAUUACGGAGGAACUAUUGAAAAAGAAAUGGCUCAAGAAUGUGGUUUCAAAUAUUGUGCCAUUGAAAGAUUUGGGCACUACGGACCCUGACUUGACAUCACUAGUUAGGUACCUAGUUCAUGGCUCAUCAGACUAUGUGAAUGGUAACAUUUUCAUCGUUGAAGCUGGAUACAUCUUGCCAAGUGUACCACUUUAUUCAUCUCUUUGA